AUGUCCUCGAAGCUAUUUCUUAAGCCCGCGCUGGCUAUUCUAAAUGUUGUCACCAAUUCCAAGUCCGCCCUUUUCAACCCUGAUCGGAACUUCGUUCUCAACAAGCUCCUUCGAUGGACCGUUUACGAUCAUUUUUGUGCCGGCACAAAUCGCGAGGAAGUAUCAAAGACAGUGGCAGAGAUUAAGAAAAUUGGGUAUCAAGGUGUCAUUCUGGGGUACUCUAAGGAGAUUGUACUGGACCCGAACGAGAAGCUGGCCCAUGACGACACUGGGUCUACGACUUACAGUAAUAAAUGCUACGAGAUGGUCGAAGAAUGGAAGAAGGGAACUCUAGAGACUCUGAGCAUGGUUGGGCCAGGUGAUUUUCUCGCAGUGAAACUUACGGGCGCCGGCCCUAUUGCGGUCGACUCGAUGGCAGAUCGGAACCCUAUCCCGGAGUCAGUUGCAAAUGCGGUGGAUGAAAUUUGUCAGGCAGCGAAAGAUCAGGGAUCAAGAUUAUGGCUGGAUGCUGAGCAGCAAGUCCUUCAGCAUGGACUGGAUGACUGGGCGAUUGAAAUCAUGCGCAGACAUAAUCGAUCAAAUGCCCCCUUGGUUUACAACACUAUUCAGGGAUAUCUGAAAGGAUCCAAGGCAAAUGCGGACCGUCAUAUUACCCUGGCAGCGCAGGAAGGUUGGUCACUUGGAAUCAAGCUUGUUCGAGGAGCAUAUAUUGAACACGAGACACGUUCUCUCAUUCACGACACCAAAGAAGAGACCGAUCGCUCCUAUGACCAGAUUGCAAAUAUGAUGUUAUGUCGAACUAUGCCUGAUGAUGCCAAGGACCUCAAGUUUCCCAAUGCUGCGCUCUUCCUGGCGACGCAUAAUGCUGCCAGCGCUGCCAAGGCAAUUGCCACACACCAGGCUCGACUCUUGUCUCACCAGCCUACAGUCCUACUCGAAUGUGGCCAGAUUCAAGGAAUGGCCGAUGAGCUUAGCUGCGAACUAGUGCAGAACUAUGAACGGGCGCUGAGCGAUUCAAGUGCUGCAAACGUAUCUGUUCCCAAAGCUUUCAAGUGCAUGGCCUGGGGAUCGGUGGCGGAGUGUAUGCAAUAUCUACACAGGAGAGCAAUUGAAAAUAAGGGUGCUGUAGAGCGAACACAGCACAUGGUAACUGCACUGCGACAAGAGUUGCGACGGAGAGUUUUUGGCUGA